CCUCACAUGUGCAACGGACAUUUACAUUCUCUCACAGAGUGCGAUUGAGGAGGAUGUGUAUAUUUCUUACCGCCUCCCUUUCGCCCCCCUUCCCUCACGACCCAUGCGCCCGGCUCUCCUUCGACUACUGAAGAGGCCGUCCGCUCUCUCGGUUCUCGACUCCCUGAUAUCGUUGCCCGUCGGAGUCGAUCAAUUGGACCUCGGACGUACCCCUAGAUGUACCCGGUGCUUGUCGGAAGAUACCCAGAGCCCAGGAACCAGGCCUCAUUCUAAAUCGCAACUCGCAUCUGCCGAGGAACGCCCUUCCCCAUCGCCAAAGCCAGCGUUCCGUUUCCGCGUCCACGACAUCCGCGCGCCACAACGGCAAGCAACAACUGAUACCGAUGACCCUGAUAUUUCAAUCCAAGAUGGCACUGUCUUACGAUUAGGGUGCUUGGGCCUACAGCCAGAGAAACUGGAAUACGAGUCGGACAUAGGACACGCAGACGACAUCGGAACUCGAUUGGUGGACGACCCCGCGCAUCGGAAUGAUAUCAAGCUAUGGGAAGAACUUCUUCGUUACCGACAACGGCAUUAUGGGGAUAAGGGAACAUUAGAAAUCUGGGAGGGCUUGACAGUCCGUGUGGAUGGAGUACAGCUUCCUGUGGAUGGUGAAGCUGCUGAUUUCUUUUGGCAAAGCUUCGUGGACGUGAGCUUCAAGCGGGAUGUCAUCAUGAAUGAAAUUGCCAACUAUGCUCUAGGGCUGUGGUACAAGAGAGGGAAGCGUUGGGACAAGCUCUACGAGGCCGUCGUUGGUGGCUAUAUCGAACGCGGCAUGACACAGCAAGCUGUGGAAUGGCAUAAGAAACUUCAACAUCCACAUUUAGCAUGUCCCAAUGAUAUCAUACGCGUCCUUCAACCAUGCAUCGAUGCCCAGCAGCGAACCCAAGCUCCUGGCCUGGUGCAGCCCAAACGUGCUGCGUCAAGCCUGAGGGUCUUCCGGACCAUCUGCCGCUUGUCAAGGGGCCACCAAAUAUAUGUCCCCAUCAUGUCCGAGUUGCUGCGUGGUGGUCAUGUGGAGGAGGUACUUCGAAUGCACAAGUUCCUCACUAAACAAGAGGAUCAUCCUCCUACUUUCAGUGAUCUGGAGCCGCUACUCGAGUCGACAAAAGCGCAUGGGCUAUGGGAGAUUUAUCGAGAGCUUCAUGGUUACGCUACUGAGCGGUUCCCCAACGAGAUAGAGAAACCCGAUGGAUCCGACUCCGCGGCUCAAGCGGAGCUUAAAGGAAACGUCUCGCAUGAAGAAAAGCCCAUCAGAGACGAGCUUGGUGCACGGAUCUUCGCCACGGAAGCUCUCAAUUUUCAAAUGAUCCUCUCUGGUCUGCGGAUGUUUCACGUGUCUGCCAUUGGCCCGCAAUCCUUGCGGGAGAUGGCACUUCGGGCCCACGGGAGUCAAGAUAUACUAAACAAGCUCCGGGAGCUAGACCAAGCAGGUAUCUCCAUUGGGGAUUCGGUCUUUGCGCGUCUUCUUCGCAAGCUAGCCACGGAGAACCGCGACAUAGUUUUAUCUGACUUGCUUCACAGCGAUGAACAUCCUGACGCACUUGAGGAUGAACGUGUGCAGGAAUCUUUGCUUCUCUCCUACUAUUUGAGUCAAGACCGGCGCCCUUACAAUAUGACCUUGGCCAUCCUAGGUGAGGUAUCCAAGGACGGUCCAGACUUGUUCAACAUCCAUUUCAGGAAACACCUUGCAGCCAAUGAAUGGAGUUCGGCCUCCAAGGUGGUCGAUGAAAUGACCCUUCGCGGCGAAACUAUAAACAAAGAAAGCAUCGACUUUAUGAUCAACACCGUCCUGACGCCGCGCAGGCCCGGUGCUGGACCCGUCCAGGGGUCGAACCGCUCAGAAGUUGCGGAAGUCAGCUUCAUGUUUCGCAUAUUGCAACGCAUUAUUCCUCUGGGGGCGACAGUGGGCCCUGAGCUCUGGAUUGAAUUGCUCAAACGCUUUGGAAUGACGGGCUCCUGGGAUGAGCUUCAAACCUGUUGUGUGUGGCUGGCCCGCCAUUACUCCCCCACUUUGAAGCAGGCCAAUACCCCUUUGGAGAUCAUCUCGUUACCCACGACCCCGCAACCCGCACACGCUGGUCUAAUCCACCGACAGGGAAGUGCCCUGCUUGAGACCAUAUUCAGUAAACAGAUGCAAUCGGCUAUCGUCGACUGGGGGUUUCAAAUGCGGGUUUCCGCCAAGCGGGAUGACUAUAACCCUAGAGGUAUAGACGGAGAAACCCUUGUGCCUUGGGUGCGCGGGCUCAUUCUUCUUCGCGAGUUGGAGCAGAACGGCGUCCGGCUUUGGACGAGCUGGAUUAGCAAGGCCUGCCGGCAUCGGCUUGCCGUCUGCUUUGGACGACCCCGGCAGUCUAGCCGUCACAUGAACCGCAUGUUGCGACGGGAGACUCCAUACAGUGCGGAGCGGGUCGUCGAGAACAUCACCCGUGUCUGGGGAGAACCGUCGCUGUUUGGGGGUCAGGAAAACCUCGAUUUCUAUCGACUGAUCAAUCCUCCGAGCUCGAAGAUGUCCCUACGCCGAACAGGCCGAACCCUCUGGAGGGAGGGUAGCCUACGAGGAAGGGCGUUUGUAAGUAGCCGAUAGCGAUCUACCACAUGUACCGUAUAUAUACGCCGUAUAGAGCAUAGAGCAUAGAGC